AUGUCCAUGAAGUGCUGGUAUAUAAGGGCUCCACCAGCAGAAGGCGGCAUCAGACCUCUCUCACCUCCUGAGUUUUGCUCCUCUCUACUCCCUCCUGAGUCCUCUCUCCUGACACCAUGGGGUGCUGUGGCUGUGGAAGUUGUGGCGGCUGCGGUGGCUGCAGCAGUGGCUGCGGCGGCUGCGGUGGCUGUAGCGGCGGCUGCGGCGGCUGCGGUGGCGGCUGCGGUGGCGGCUGUGGCAGCUGCACCACCUGCAGGUGCUACCGCGUGGGCUGCUGCUCCGCCUGCUGCCCCUGCUGCUGCGGCUGCUGCGGGGGCUGCUGCAGUACCCCCGUGGUCUGCUGCUGCCGCCGCUCCUGUGGCUCGUGUGGCUGUGGCUCGUGUGGCUGUGGCUCAUGUGGCUGCGGCGGUGGGAAGGGCUGUUGCCAGCAGAAGUGCUGUUGCCAGCAGAAGUGCUGUUGCAAGAAGCAAUGCUGCUGCUAGGUGGCCGGCCGGCCUCUGGGGAAGUGCUGCAGGUAACCAUGCUGUAGUACUGGGUCCACCUGAGAAACGUGUGCCUUGUGGCAAAAGAUGA